CGUCUCCUUGCCCUGGCAGCGUCACAAGCCCUUGGCGAGCACUCAGACAAACGACGAUGAACGUGCGGACUGUGCUCUCGCUCGCCGGUAUGCGUCGAGCGUGCAGUCAAGUUCAGCCAAAUUUGGUGUUCUCGGCACGAAUGUACUCUUCGCGGGGACCCCUCGACCGCCCAUCGCCACCAUCCCUACCUCGUGAGCAACAGCGCGAGUUCGAAGAGCUCAUGCGCGCAGCUCAAGCUCCUCUGGCUCAGCCCUCAAAGAGUGACGCUGCGAUACACGUUGAAGCUGAUCUCUCUCUACACCCGGACGCCCGCCGACCAAUCCAACCCGAGUUUGAAGGGACGUCAACCCAGCGACCGGCGAACAGGGUGGGCCGAAGCAGGAGCCUGUACGCCAAUGGGCGGACGAGGGAGACUGGAGUUUCAAGGGGCGCGUCUCGGAUUUCUAGCCUGGAUCCCAGAUUGUUGGGUCAAGAUCGAGUCACAUCGCAUACCUCGUGGUAAGCAUGUAACUCUGUUUCGCCAGCAACCACUGUACAUCCCCCAUGGGACACCUUGGGGACAUCAUUUAACCUCCCACAACAACGAGUAUCACAGAAUCAGACGCACACAUGGCCGACGAUAUCAUCCCAGUGCGCACGUUGC